UGUUAUGUUUUUAAUUUCACGAGUUGAACCUUUGAUGUCGAAUCGAGUUUUGCAUGCAGCAACAAGAAAAAUUCGAUCACCACUAAACUACGGUCCUUUUCCUCCCUUUCCUCUGCCACUAGUUUGAGGCAAAAUGCCGCGGAAAAAACAGCGUCCUGGGAUGGCAAUAGGCAAUACCAUCGAAGAAGAGGUAAAAAUGGCCGUUGGAAUGACCGUGCGGCAGUUCUUGAAUGACCACACUCGGAUGGAGCACUCUUUCCCUUCGUCUCUCACGAGAGAACAACGAGCUUUUGUGCAUCAGUUGUCGGAACAGCACAACUUGAAGUCCAAGAGCAGAGGCAAAGGACCAAAUCGGUUCCUCACAAUCUUCAAAAGGGAUGGCUCCACCAUUAUUGGUGACGACGCCACACUGCCCUUGGGAGCCACUUCUAUUGAUGAAAUUCAACGGCUGCUGUCUCGUUAUCCUGUCACUCCAAAAGAGAGGCAGGAGGUUGCACCCUACGUUGAUCGAGAUGCGGAAAGACGUAUGGAGGCAAUGGUUCGUACUGCAGUCAGUGAGGCAAAGAAAGAUGCCGCCUGUCGCAUUCUUGGUCGUUUGUCAAGCACUGUGGCCCAAGUGCCACCUCAGGCUAACCCCAGUCCAGAGAUUGUUCUCCAGAGAGCUGCUCUGCCAAUUACUGUUUACCAAGAUGAGAUCCUGAACGCGAUUGCUGCUAAUCAGGUGACCAUCAUCUGCGGUGAGACUGGCAGUGGCAAAACCACUCAGGUACCGCAGUACCUGCUCGAACAGGCCACGGCCACUGGAAAGGCCUGCAGAUUGAUCUGCGGACAGCCCAGACGCAUUGCAGCAGUCAGUGUUUCGGAAAGGGUGGCUGCCGAACGUGGGGAAGAACUUGGAACAACUAUUGGCUACCAAGUUCGUCUUGAGAGCAAGACUUCACCCCGUUCAGUUCUGACGUAUUGCACUUACGGAGUGCUCUUGCGUUCCCUGAUGGCCGGAGAUACCGCUCUGGCCUCUGUGAGCCACGUAAUUGUGGACGAAGUGCACGAGAGGGACCGCCACUGUGACUUUCUACUGCUUGUCCUCAGAGACAUGCUAGCUAGAUGCAGAGGCCUUCGUCUGGUGCUCAUGUCUGCCACUGCUGAUCUCAAUGUGCUCACCACCUACUUCAGAGGAGCCGUUGUUGUCAAUGUUCCUGGCAAGCUUUAUGAUGUGGAGGAGUUUUAUCUCGAGGAUAUCUUGCGACUCACUGGAUAUGAAGGCGCUGGUGACUCAAAACGCAAGAAAUCAGAAGCAGUUGAUGCCAAAUUAAUAAAUCAAAUUGACGAAGUAAUGGAGGCUGCUUGGAACGAUGGCAGUGACCAAAACUUUGGUCUUCUUCUUGCUCUACUGGAGGGUCGAACAGUCGACCAUCGACACACUUACACCCAGGCUACAGCCUUGAUGAUUGCUGCAGCUAAGAACAGACCUGACGUUGUUGCCCAACUCCUCUCAAAAGGAGCAGAUCCGUCAGCCACAGCAUUCAACGAUUUCACUGCCUUGGAGUUUGCAGUUGAGGGCGGUUAUGACGAGGUGGCCACCUUGCUGAAGAACCACGCCGAAUCAGGAGUCGUUGUCUGCCGCGACCAACAAAUACUGGAGUCAUACCAGAAGGACAAUGCCACUGCUGAGGAAAACAUAGACCACAAACUAGUGGCUGCUUUAGUUGCCCAUUUGUCUGCAAACUCAGGACCAGGAGCCAUUUUAGUAUUUUUGCCAGGAUAUGAGGAUAUUGUAGAGGUGGCUGAAAAAGUCAAUGAGGCCAUGGGCCCUUUACAAAUACAAUACAGGGUUUUCAUGCUUCACUCCAACAUGCAGAUGUCGGAGCAAAAGCAAGCAUUUAAAGUUAUGAAAGACAGAAAGAUUGUGUUGGCCACAAACAUUGCAGAGACCAGUAUUACCAUUGAAGACGUAGUUUACGUCAUUGACUGUGGCAAAUUGAAGGAGAAAUCGCUUGAUGCAGGAAGUGGAAUUUGUCAACUUCGAUGCACUUGGAUUUCUAAGGCUUGUGCCAAACAAAGGUGUGGUCGGGCCGGUCGUCUUCAGCCUGGCCAGUGCUUCAGAAUGUACUCCAAGCAGCGUUUCCAGUGGUUCAUGACCCACGCUACUCCAGAAAUUCUUCGUUUGCCGUUGCACGAACUCUGUCUGGCUGCCAAACUUCUUGCUCCCUUCAACACAUCGAUAGCCGACUUUCUAGCAAAAGCCCCAGAACCUCCACCUCCUCUGGCCACCAGGAACGCGGUCAACCUCCUCAAAUUGACUGACGCUCUCACUCCGUGUGAAGAUCUCACAGAACUUGGACAGCAUCUAGUCAACCUUGCUGUUGAGCCUCGAUUGGGAAAGUGUCUGCUCUUUGCAAUCCUUUUGCGCUGUUUGGAUCCUGUGCUCACCAUUGUAUGCACUCUGGCCCAUAAGGAGCCUUUCCAACUUCCCUCAGUACCUUUCUUGAGACAUAAAGCUCAUGAAGCAAAGCGCCAAUUGUCAGCUGGCUCUUUCAGUGAUCACAUGACUUUCCUCAGAGCUUUCCUACUCUGGCAAGAAUCUCGUUCAAAAAAUCGUGAACGUCGAUUUUGCGAGCAGCACUUCAUCUCUCAUGCAGUUCUUGAGAUGGUGACUGGCCUCCGAUCUCAGCUGCUGGGCCAGUUGCGCGCCUCAGGAUUUGUCCGAACACGGGGUGGUGGUGAUUUGCAUGAGCUGAACCAGUUUUCUGACAACUGGGCCGUCAUCAAAGCUGCCCUUACUGCUGGUCUGUACCCUAAUUUGGCCAGAGUUGAUAGGGUUCACCAGCAGUUACGAACACGAACUGAGUCACGGGUGAGAUUCCACCCAAGCAGUGUUCUUCGUGAUGGAAACGACCACAAUACCACCUUGGCCGAAUUACCCUCUGACUGGGUGCUGUAUGAGGAAAUGGGCAGGGUUGGUCGAAUGUGCCAUGCCAGAACCUGCACAGUCGUCAGCCCAGUCACAGUUUUCCUUAUGGCUGGACCUUCUCGAAUGGCAUAUGAUCCCCAAUUUGACGGAGAAGCUGACGAGGCUCGUUGUCAACUUGCAGCAGAACUAGAGAGUGACAGCGAGAAUGAGGACGAGCCAAAUCGCACUUUGCUGCGACUGGAUGAGUGGGCCUCCUUCCGUCUUGACCCAUCUCACGCGCGGGCAUUGGUGCAGCUGAGACAAAAGCUUCACUCUUUGUUCCUUAGAAAGCUGAAAGGACCUACAGCUCAAAAGGCGCCAAGCCAGGGAGAUGACCUUGUGGUCCGAUGUGUCGUUGCAGUUCUCUCUGCUGAAGACAAGGCCCUUAAAUUUCCUCAGCCUCUUGGAAUCGGUCAAAAACCCAGAACCUUUGACUUCAGUCGACCCUCUGAGCGCUCCACUGAUUCUAGCUCUGCUACUUCCUCUCCUUGCUUGUCUCCAAACUCAGACUCCUCUCACACAUCCGACUCCCCCAUUCGCUACCUGGUGAUCAAGAAUGGUACUUUGCAAUUGCUGCACGAGGCUGUUGCGGCCACAAGAUGGACCUUUGCUCCUAACACCCUUCGUUCCAUCACCAAAGCACAGAGAGAAGGCAAAACUGUGGUGGCCGUCUUCAGCAUUCAGGGCAGUGGAGGAUUUCAAGGCUACGCAAGACUCGGCCGACCUGAGGUGGCCACCUGUCCUCUCCAGUGGCUCAAAGUAGGAGAUGUCCCAUUCCAGUUGGCUAGGCAUUUGCACAAUCCAUGGCACAACAAUCAGAGAGUCCAGCACAGCCGAGACGGCCAGGCUCUGGAGCCAAGAGUCGGAGAAGCUCUCUGUCAGCUUUGGGAUCGCCUCCCACCACACCCUGCAACUCUUCCCAUGCCGCACUUCAUGCAACCUGAACAUAUCCCUCAAUCAUACGGCGGUCGCGCAAUCAGAGGAAAUUUUGACCCUUACAGACCUAGAGGUAAGUUUUAUUAAGCUCGUUCCUCAAUCAUUUCUUUUCAUCUGUUCUGAUCAAGCCAAUAAAAGGCAGUGAUACUCUCAUUCUGUUUAAAAAUCAUUUGCUUC